CGCGUCCCCUCGCCCCGGCCCCGAGUCCUUUUCCCCCGCUCCUCAGCCCGGGCCCCGCCCCGCCCCGGUCCAGCCCGGCCCGGCCCGGCCGCCAUGGAGCGCUGGCCUUGGCCGUCGGGCGGCGCCUGGCUGCUUGUAGCGGCCCGUGCGCUGCUGCAGCUGCUGCGCGCAGACCUGCAUCUGGGCCGCCCGCUGCUGGCGACACUGGCGCUGCUGGCCGCGCUCGACUGGCUGUGCCAGCGCCUGCUGCCCCCGCCGGCCGCACUUGCCGUGCUGGCCGCCGCCGGCUGGAUCGCGUUGUCCCGCCUGGCGCGCUCGCCGCGCCUGCCCGUGGCCACUCGCGCGGUGCUCAUCACCGGCUGUGAUUCUGGUUUUGGCAAGGAGACGGCCAAAAAGCUAGACGCCAUGGGCUUCACGGUGCUGGCUACCGUGUUGGAGUUGGAUGGCCCAGGUGCCCUGGAGCUGCGUGCCUGCUGUUCUCCUCGCCUAAGGCUACUGCAGAUGGACCUGACCAAGCCAGCGGACAUCAGCCGUGCACUGGAGUUCACAAAGGCCCACACCACCAGCACGGGCCUGUGGGGCCUGGUCAACAAUGCGGGCCACAACGAUGUAGUGGCUGAUGUGGAGCUGUCUCCAGUGGCCACAUUCCGCAGCUGCAUGGAGGUGAACUUCUUCGGCGCACUGGAGCUCACCAAAGGCCUCCUGCCACUGCUGCGCCGUUCGAAGGGUCGCAUCGUGACUCUGGGCAGCCCGGCAGGAGACAUGCCAUAUCCGUGCUUGGCAGCCUAUGGGACCUCCAAAGCGGCCAUGGCACUGCUCAUGGACACAUUCAGCUGUGAACUUCUGCCCUGGGGGGUCAAGGUCAGCGUUAUCCAACCUGGCUGCUUCAAGACAGAAUCAGUGCUAAAUGUGGGCCACUGGGAGCGGCGCAAGCGGCUGCUGCUGGCCAAUCUGCCCCGAGAGCUGCUGCAGGCCUACGGCGAGGACUACAUCGAGCACUUGCAUGGGCAGUUCCUGCACUCCCUGCGCUUGGCGCUGCCAGACCUCAGCCCGGUUGUAGAUGCCAUCACUGAUGCGCUGCUAGCAGCUCAGCCACGCCGCCGCUAUUACCCGGGCCAUGGCGUGGGGCUCAUGUACUUCAUCCACUACUACCUGCCUGAGGGUCUGCGGCGCCGCUUCCUGCAGACCUUCUUUAUCAGUCCCUGUCUGCCACGAGCACUGCGGCCUGGCCAGCCCAGCCCCAGUCCCGUCCAAGAUACAGCCCAGGACGCUGACCCAAACCCAGGCCCUUCCCCAACGGCGGCCCGAUGAGCAAUGUGCACAUAUAGCCUAGCUGCUCCAGCAGAGGAGGUCCCAUGAGGCCCUCCCCUAAGCACUGUGACCCCAAAGUCUACCCUAGAGCCUGGCCCAAAGGACCCCAGCCCCAACCCACUGCUAAUACCCCAGGCCAGGCCUGGUGAGGCUGAGGCUUCCCAGUGAACAGCUGAGCCUCUACUGCCUCAGGAGCCCAAUACACCCUCCUAGGCACAAGGCUCCACCCUGCAGCUUGGAGAACCCAGCUGGAUGGGGAGUUUAGUGCAAGACUUAGCUGUAGCCUUUGACAGGAUCCUGCAGGCAGUUUGCCUCUGCAAACUAAGGAGUGACUGGGUGGGUUGGAGACCCCCCCCCUCAGGAUUAUUUCUUGGCACCAGUGCCUCAUCCCAGCUGUUUCUUGAGUGGCUCAAGAAUUAGGGCCCCACCCACCCCAAGCCACAGGGAGGCUGCAUACCCUACUUGCCUGAUUGCCACUUUUUAAAAAGAUAAAUUUUAUUUCUCCUAGAAUGG